AAAAGCAUCCACUGGAAUCAAUUUGCAUUCGAAAAUUGUACCAACACAAAGACUUCGUAUUGUGGAAUGACUAGCAAACAAGCAAUGUCAUCUAACGAACAAGAAAGGCUCUUGUGUUAUAAUGGGGAAGUCCUUGUUUUUCGAUUGUCUAAAGGAAAUUUUGCAGAUAAAGGACCUGCAAAAAUACCCAUAUUACAUGUCAGAAGAAUGGUAUUUGACAGAGGUACAAGAGCAUUUGUUCAGAAAUCCACUGGAUUCUUUAGCAUAAAAGAAGAAAACUCUGAUUUAAAAAUUGUGUGUUGCGACUGUGUGUCAGAUUUCAGAAAUGGAAUUAACCUCCCUCAUAUUGUGAUACAAUGCAAUAAAAAGAAUAACGUUUUCAAAUAUCUUCUACUAUUUCUUCACAGUACCAAUACAUUUGAAAAGCGUUUGAGUUUUCAACUAGGCCACGAGUUGCUGGAUGGUGUAAGGGUCCUUAAUGGCCCUUUAAUUUUAUGGAGAUAUGACAAAACAUUCUUCUAUAUCUCUUCCAAAACUCACCAAGUUGUUACUGUGUCUGUUAACUUUUCCUCUAUUGAGUGGGCAGGGGAAAUUGAAAAUCUAGGUAUGGUUUUAUUAGGACCAAGAUGUUCUUCAAACCAAAAGCCUUCAAAAUCAGAUUAUGCAUUUCGGAAUACCAAGUUUUGUGUAUACUCCCUUGAAAAUGAAGAAGUAAUAAGUGAUACAUACAUUAUCCCUCCUGCUUAUAGCAGUGUGUUAACUUGUGUGCGUGUAUAUGCAACUGAGAUGGUCAACAACCAGUUAAGAAUGUCUCUGAUUGCCCUUACUCAAAAGAAUCAGCUGAUUUCAUUCCGAAAUGGGACUCCUGAAAGUGUGUGCCAGCUUCCAUUUGGAGAUCCUUGUGCAGUUCAACUGAUGGAUUCAGGUGGAGGAGGCUUCCUUUUCGUUGUAUCCUUUAGGUCCAAUGAUGCAUGUGCUGUUUGGAAAAAGAACUUUCAGGUUGCUGCUAAGUGGGAAAAAGUUAGCUUAGUACUGAUAGAUGACUUUAUUGGAAUUGGAACUGAACAAGUACUGCUACUUUUUAAGGACUCCUUGAAUUCAGAUUGUCUGAGUUCAUUUAAAAUAACAGAUCUGGACAACAUAGACUAUUCAACUGAAACACUAGAUUGCAAUGAAGAUGACUUGUUCGAAGAAAUACAAGAGAAUCGUUAUUUGGUGAUCCCACCUCUGGAAAGAAGAUUGAAAGUUGAUUUCAUUUCUAUUCAGGAAUUACAGCGGCAUCUCUUGCUUAAGGAAAAAAUGAUUUCAAAAUCUUACAAAGCUUUAAUAAACCUGGUUCAAGGGAAAGAUGGUAGUACAUCAAGUGCAGAGGAGAAAGAAUGUCUUGUUACUCUUUGUGGUAAAGAAGAAAAUCCUGUCCAUACCUUGGAUGAAAAGUUAUCAGACAAUUUUCAAGAUUCGGAACAGCUAGUAGAGAAGAUAUGGUAUCGUGUAAUAGAUGAUAGCUUGGUUGUUGGAGUGAAAAUCACAUCUUCUUUGAAGUUGUCCCUGAAUCAGGUGACUUUAUCGCUGUUAAUGGAUCAAGCCCAUAGCUCCAGCUUUCAGCUUAUUAAGUGUCAAAAUAGGGUGAUCAAGUUGAGUAGGGAUUCCGUCCCAGCACCAAGCUCAGUGCCGUAUGAAAGAGGAUCAGAGGCAAAAAGGAUCAAGUUGACUGGUCAUAGUGAGGAAGAGGAAGAGGAAAGCUUUGUUUGCAAGCAACCAUCUGAGAAAGAGUGUGUACAGAUAAUUACUGCUAUAACAUCUCUUUCACCACUUCUAGCAUUCAAUAAUUUUUAUUGUAUUGUGCUGCUACAAAUCAGGAAGAGAAAAAGUGGUAACUAUUUUGAAGAUCAUUAUAUUCCGUGUGGUAGACUUUUUAUAAGUCUAGAAGAUCUUUCAAGUGGGAAAUACCUAGUGAAAUUGCCAAAGAAGAAAACUAUCGAACACGUGGAAGAUCUCUUUGCACUUCUCACAGCAUUGCGCAAAACUUGUUUUCAAAUCACAUCACCCAACUGUGCCCUGACUUCAAUGAAGGUGUGGCUCUUAGAACGCAUGAACUGUGAAGUAAUCAAAGAAUUUCCAGAAAUUUGCUUUUGUAAAACGCCAGGAAGUUUCUGUGGGACACUCUUCAAUUGGAAACAGAGAACACCUUUUGAAGGGAUUUUAGUAGUCUAUUCCAGGAAUCAAACAGUUUUGUUCCAGUGCCUUCAUAAUCUCAUCAGAGUUCUCCCUGUAAACUGUUUCUUCAAAAAUCUAAAAUUAGGAAGUGAAGAUUUGCUAAUUGAUCAUUUGGCAUUAAGUUUGGAGCAGGAAUUGGUUACCCUUGGUUCUCUUUCUUCUGCCUUCGUUAAAGUUGAAAACAACUUCGUGCAGAGGUGUGAAGCAAGCAAAGAAAAGAGUAGUGAUGUUGUGGCUGCUUUAUCAGACAGAAAGGAAAUCAUCCAUACCUACAGAAAAGAACUUCAGAGAGAAAAGAAGGAAGCAUUAGGGACGAACCUAAAAGUGAGUGGUGCCCUUUACAGAGAAAUGACUUUGAAAUUAGCUGAGGUUCAGCUGAAAUCAGACCUUGCUGCACAGAAACUGAGUGGUUUAUAAUUACAAUCUCAUUUUGAUUAUAUUUUAAAAUAUGUUUUCCCUGUCAGAACGUUUUGGUUCUGCUUGUUUU